GGCUUCAUCAUUGAACACUUUUCUCCCUCUUAUUGUAUAAUAAUUUGAUUCAGAUAUUUGAGAUGUACUGAGUGCCGAGUGCCUUGCGGAUUAUCACAAUGAUUCCCACAGCACGUUGCUUGGCUGCGAAGCCACCUAGCUUCUUCAAAAAAAGCACCGAAGAGUUUAGCCGGUUGACGCGCAUUGCAUGGAACGCAGAAGCCCUCACUACACCGACAAAACCAUACAAACUCCUCGACUUCGAAAAUGAAUCUACCGUCGCAUCCUGCAAAACCAUGGCUGACCGCGCUGUUGGCGGUUUCAGUAAAGCCGACUUAGAUUUCGUCACAGCGACUGCGAACGAGCCUGCGCAUGCACGAUUCCACGGCAGUAUAUCGACAAAACUCCCCAACAAUUGGCGUGUUGAGCGUACGGGAUAUGCGGCUUUUCGAAACAGGGAUAGAGGAUACUGGCUAUUUGGGCGCUUAUUCUGGGAUGUUGAUCCAUAUACAUACCUUGCUUUACGGGUGAAGAGUGAUGGGAGGAGAUAUACAGUCAACAUUCAGUCGGAUUCGAUUGUGGAGACGGAUAUUCAUCAGCAUAGAUUGUAUACAAGACAUCAUCGGGUAUAUCAACGGCAACAAGAGGCACUUUCGAGCCCAUCAGCGGCUGCAGCAGAGUCAUCAGAAGUUGGCGAUAUUAACGACACGUUAUAUCCGGGUGGUAUCCCACCGUCAUUAUCAGACAUCCCUCCCGCAGAGACGAUUAUAAGUGCAACAACAUCUGGUACAUCAGGAUGGGAGACAGUCCUAUUACCACUCCAAUCCUUCGUUCGCACAAACCACGGCAUGAUCGUUGAACCUCAACAUUCACUACUGAAAAACAGAAUAAAAUCUAUUGGUAUUGGUCUUACGGAUCGUGUUGAAGGUCCCUAUGAUUUGCGUAUUCAUCGUAUUUGGGCUACGAAUGGUUUGAGUGAGGAGGAGCUUGAGGAGGAAAAAAGGAUAUGUGGCGAGAAUGCAUUACCGGUUGAUGAGGGUGUAAGGACUUUGUGGGGGUCGAAAAAGGAGGCUUUCCCUACGGCAGAGUCAGAGUUGGAAGCUCAGGAGCAGGAGAAGAAGCAAAGAACCAAGGCAGAGAAGAAGGUAUCUGGGACAAAGGGAUUGAAGGGGUUGAAGGAAGAAUGGAGCUGA